AUGGCAUCCUCUUCUUAUUUCAACAGAACACCAUCACCAACGAGUCGAGGAAAUGUCGGAUUUCAACCCUAUCCUGGCCACGGUCAGGGCCCUUCCUUCUUCGAGGAGGCCAUAGGUGGCUCUCCCUUUCCCCAAGAAAUACCUUUGGCCCUCAUGCAACCUCCCCAUUAUAACUCCACACCAAGUAUGGUCAACGACUUUCCACCCUCAUCAGCUAUAGUGCCAAGCAGUGAGGCUGAACAAAAGUCCGCUUGCCAACCUCGGUACGGAGACACGCACCAGCAGCUGAGCAUAAACACUUCCGACGAAGCAAACGGUCAAGCUGUCACAGUAAAAUCUCCCAAGCCGAAGAGACGCGGCCGUAAGCCCAAGGGAGCCUCCAAAAAUUCAGUCAAAUCUCGGCACGACAUAGAGCUCGAUGAAGACGACCUCCCCAGAGACCCUCGACGUCGACGCAUUCUUGAGCGUAACAGAAUAGCUGCUACCAAAUGUCGCCUCCGAAAGCGGGAUGAAGCAUCUGCUCUUGCUUCUCAGGAACAGGCCAUGGAAGACCAGAACAGAUAUCUCUCAUCAUGUUUUGACUCCCUGACUGCUGAAAUAUAUCAUCUCAAAACUCAGUUGUUGCAGCAUACAGAUUGUAACUGCAUUCUUAUCCAAAAGUAUAUCUCCAACGAAGCUAAGAAAACAGUUGAUGGUCUACUUGCCUGCCCCUCCAACUUUCAGUCCGACAACGACACUAUGAGUCCAUAUCGUCGCGGCUCGUGUCAUAGUGGUACGAGUCCCACAGAGUCGUUAUGUGUGCCUACUCCAGAAUUCGAGGGAGCUUCCCCAGGCUGGCCACAGCCUUUCCACUCCGGACAUGGAUCUUCACCAGAUGCGGCAGAGGAGAUGUUAAAUCCUUAUCUCAAAGCACCAGUCCAAAUGCACAGCCAGUCGUUCGCCAGUAUGUCACCGCUGCAAUAUCGUGGACCCGAUAUGUUUACCGGUAUGGGCCACCAGUCCCAACAGUUUGAUGCAGCCAACGGGAUCUCUUCCUGGGCGUUCUGA